UGUGGUUGCCUUAGUUCUCAUCAUCAACAAGGUAUAGGAUAUGGAGAUAUGGUAGGAGUACUCAAGAGGGCGCAUCUGGAGUAAAGAGUGAAAAUCAGUGUUGUUUUUUAAGUAUAUGUGCAAUGGACAUAAAUUCUAUUGGUACUGAUUCAUCCAAACCAACUCACAAGCAUUUCUUCUUCUCUUGUCCUGAUAACCCAACUGAAACUCUAGCAGUUAUUAUCCCUGAGCAACUCCAUGCUAGCUAUGGCAUGUACACAUGGCCAUGUGCCCCAGUGUUAGCAUGGUAUUUGUGGAGUCAGAGAGCAGAUUUAGUGGGGAAACACAUCAUUGAACUAGGAGCAGGAACUUCUCUUCCAGGAGUUGUUGCCGCCAAAUGUGGAGCCCAUGUUACACUCAGUGACUGUGCUCGCUUCAUCAAAUGUCUUGAAAACUGCAGAAUAAGUGCUGCAACUAAUGGUGUUGGUGACAAGGUAAACAUAAUAGGACUUACAUGGGGUACAUUUGAACCACAACUUCUAAAACUCGAGCCUGUUGAUCUGAUCAUCAGCUCAGAUUGUUUCUAUGAUCCAGCUGUUUUCGAGCCAAUUCUGGUGACUGUAUCUUACUUGCUGAAUAAGAACCCUUCAGCGAGUUUUGUCUGCUCCUAUAAAGAACGAAGUUCAGAUUGGAGCUUUGAGCCAUAUUUAUCAAAGUGGAAACUGUGCUGCAGAACUCUUGAAGUGGGCAACAUUGUCUCAAGCUCUGUAGUCGAUGUUGCCGAGUUGACUCAGGAUAACACCAUACAAGUCUUCGAAAUCUACCGUGCAUCGUAACUUUCCUCCCCUUAUUAAAAUGGACGCAUUAUUGGAUUUGGAUUCUGCGUUCCAUGAAGCCUCAGUGACGGUGAAGCAAUUUUUGAACGUUGACAAGGCCACAAUGCUGCGUCUCUAUGGACUUUACAAACAAGCAACCCAAGGGGAGUGCAACAUUUCUAAACCUGGAAUAUUUAGUUACACAGCCCGGCAGAAAUGGGAAGCAUGGAAUUCCCUGGGAUCAACAACUGCUGUGGAUGCGAAAUCCCAAUAUAUUGAAUUGGUGAACAGUCUGAUUCCGAAGGACAAACAAGAAGCACAAAGUGUUCAAAAAGCUUCAGCGUUUGGAGUUUCUGUCAGUUGCAUGGCGAAAACAGAACAAGAACUCAACGACUGUGAUAAAACAGUUUUUGACUGGCUGAAAGAAGGAAGUAUGGAAAAUGUUUCAUCCUUGUUAGCUGUUGAACCAUCUCUCAUUUCGUAUCGUGACGAAAGUAAAAUGGCGUUAAUUCAUUGGGCAGCUGAUAGAGGCGAUAUCGCCAUGAUCGAGCUACUUGCCAAGAAAGGUGCCGAUGUGAACAUGAUAGAUGGUGAUGGACAAACCCCUCUACACUAUGCUUUUGCAUGCGGCCAUGAGGAGUGUAUACGUCUUUUAGAAACGCUUGGAGCCAACCGCAAUGUCCGUGACAGUAAUGGAAUGGUACCUUCGGACCUAGCCGAUUCAUGAGUUGAUCGUUCUGCUGCAGCAGCCUUUGUUUGCCGAAGACUUUGCUGGCCACAUGAAGACAGUCAUGUCGACAUGACCUCUUUGACAUUCCUUUUGACACAGGGUGGAAAGGAAAUAAAAGAUGUCGGUAUGAACGACGAAGAAAUCAAUGGGUUUGAGUAAAGAAGAAAAUAUACAAGAAUAAACAAACUUUCUUAGUCAAACAGAAAGGGCUUUAGCGAGCGGACUGUUGGUAAAAAUAAACGAUUAACAAUUAGUUAACAGCGAGAACUAAACGUAUGUCAACUUUACGGAAAAUGGAAAGGGUAAAGGAAAAGGGAUGGCAGAAAUGCGUUUUUAAAAGGAAAUCGUGAUAUCAAGAAGCAUGGCGGGGUUGAGAACAUGAUCUCGAAUAUCAACAGCAUCUUUACGUUUGUAAUGCACCUUGACAUGGCUUAGUUUCUUUUUAAAUCAGGCAUGACAUCGUAACACUGAUCCAAAUGUGUAAAAGUAAAUAAUCCUGUAUUGUU